AUGGGAAUAACAGGUCAUAUGGACAUAGAUGAAAAUGAAAUGCUUGGAAGGCAUGAGUUUGAUCGUAAUUACAAAUGGGAUGAAAUAACAGUGCCGAAUGAUCUACAUGAUAUGGCAUUACAAUUCAUAGCCAUGGCAAAAAAUCAUUGCCCAAAUGAACCUAUACCAUUUGUUGACAAAAUACCAGAAAAGACCUUAUUAGCAGAACAAAAGCAAGCAUUGGCAAUAAUCAUGAAUCAUAGUAACAACGUUAUGAAUGCAACAUUAUAUAUGAUUAUACAGGGUAUAGAACCAAUGCAAGCAAGAUUCAGAAAAAUUCUUACCAACAUACAGAAUGCACAACCAAAACAGGACGAUUGGCAAUUGUUGAUGACACGCACAAGCAAGGAGCUUACUCCCAUUCAGACUGAAGAAUUUAACAAACCAAUACACCUAUUUUCUACAAAUGACAUGGUAAAGAAAAAUAACAAAAAAAUGUUACGAAAAUUAAAUCGUCCAGUUGCAAUUAGUGAAGUUGCAAAUGUUCGAAGUCGGUCAAAUGGUGAAUAUGAGGAUGAACAACUUGAAAAGAAAAUUCUAUUAUGUAAAGGCCAACAAAUAAUGCUAACAACCAAUAUAUGGACCAAAGCAGGCCUCGUAAAUGGGGCUGUAGGCGAAGUAGUCAACAUUGUGUAUGCAUAUGGCUCUAAGCGACCAGAUAUUCCAGCAUAUGUAGUAACAAGAAUUAAUAACUAUACUGGGCCAUCAUGGAAUCUGACAUAUACAAAACUUGUACCAAUAACUCCAAUAUCACUGGGAAAUAGAAGACAAAUCCCGCUUAAGAUGGCGUGGGCUAUAACAGUCCACAAAUCCCAAGGGUUAACACUCCAGAAUGCCACAAUUGAUAUAGGAGCUACUGAAAGGCAAUGCUUGACAUUUACAGCCAUAUCUAGAAUUAAAACAUUAGACAAUCUUCGUAUAGAACCUGGAUUCUCCUUUGAAAGCUAUUGUAAAAUGUAG